CCCGCUUGAGACCACCGCGGCCGCUGCUCCUAUUCGUUUCCUUUCCAUUAUUUAUGUAUGUUAUCCUGAAGAACCCCUGUGCACGCUGUCCUACACUGAAAGUAUUCUAGAGAGAGAGAGAGAGAGAUGAGUGUGGGCCUCCAUGGUGGCUUCAUCCUGCUGCUUGCUAGGAGCCUCUGCCUCUGCUUGGUGGCUUUAUCGGCGCCACCAGAGCAUCUGAUCGACCGCCUCCCGGGGCAGCCGCCGGUGGGCUUCAAGCAGUACGCCGGCUACAUCAACGUCGACGAAUCCGCAGGGACCAACUUCUUCUAUUACUUCGUCGAGACAGCUCACCCCAACGCUUCUUCUUUGCCCUUGGCUCUGUGGCUCAAUGGAGGACCUGGGUGUUCUUCCAUUGGGGGUGGUGCCUUCACAGAGCUAGGCCCCUUCUAUCCGCAUGGAACGGGAAACGGACUCAGACUGAAUCAUCACUCAUGGAACAAAUUGGCGAAUAUCCUGUUCCUGGAGUCGCCUGCGGGUGUGGGCUGGUCUUACUCUUCUAAGGAAACUGCUCAUGAGUACAACUACAAUGACGGGAAAGUAGCCAAGGAGAACGUCGUUUUUCUUCUGAAAUGGUUCGAGAGGUUCCCAGAGUACAGCCAAAGCCAACUCUUUCUCACUGGCGAAAGCUACGCAGGUCACUACAUACCCCAACUGGCAUCAUUAAUACUGAGGCACAACAGACGCGUUGCAGAUGGCCGAGAAAGUUUCAGAUUCAACCUGCAGGGCAUCCUGGUGGGGAACCCGCUGCUGAACUACGGGUUGGACACAAGGGCGACGUACUCCUUCCUGUGGUCGCACGGUCUGAUAUCGGACCGGACGUACCGAGGGGUGCUGUCCUCCUGCGACUUCAGCUUCGGCUACACCGGCGAGAGCGGCUCCGUCGGCGAACCCGGCAAGGGCUGCCCCUUCUUCCUCGACGCCGCCCACGCCGAGAUCGGCGACUCCAUCAACAUGUACGACGUCACCCUGGAUGUCUGCCCUCCCCCCAUCUUCCACCAAGCACUCCGUCUUCAAAAGAUGAUGGGCCAUGGAGCCGGGAGGAGCGAGGUGGACGUGUGCAUCGACCACGAGAUCACGCGCUACUUGAACCGAGCGGCAGUGCAGAAGUCCCUCCAUGCCAAUCUCACGUCCCUACCUUACGCCUGGGAAGCUUGCAGCAGGAUAGUGAACUACAAGUCGGAGGAUCAGCUAAGUGACAUGCUGCCGUUGCUCUCUCAACUGCUGAAGGAGGGCGUCCGAAUCUGGAUAUUCAGUGGCGACCAAGACUCUGUGGUGCCUUUGACUGGAACGCGGCUGCAGAUGACAAGGCUGGCUUUGGAGCUGCGCUUGAAAACCAAGGUACCAUACCGCGCAUGGUACGCUCAUGGGCAGGUUGGUGGGUGGUACCACAUCUACGAGCAAGGACUGGUCUAUGCAACGGUGCGCGGUGCGGCUCACAUGGUUCCCUAUGCCCAGCCGGAGAGAGCUUUGAUUCUGUUUAAAAGUUUUCUCCAUGAUCAACCCCUUCCUCAAAACUCUUGAAGGUUGAUUAGUUCAUGUAAAGAAGACGGAGGUUAAUUAGUGACCAAUGUGUGCUUGCUUUG